UGGCUGAAAACCUCCGUUAUUAAGGGGAUUAAGAACCAGUUGAUAGAGCAGUUUCCGGGCAUCGAGCCGUGGCUCAACCAGAUCCUGCCCAAGAAAGACCCGGUGAAGAUCGUGCGCUGCCACGAGCACAUCGAGAUCCUGACGGUCAACGGGGAGCUGCUGUUCUUCAGGCAGCGCGAGGGGCCUUUCUAUCCGACGCUGCGGCUGCUGCAUAAGUUCCCCUUCAUCCUGCCGCACCAGCAGGUGGACAAGGGCGCCAUCAAGUUUGUGCUCAGCGGGGCCAACAUCAUGUGCCCCGGCCUGACGUCCCCGGGCGCGCAGCUGUACCCCGCGCAGCUACUAUGGGGUGAAUUGUAA